AUGGCAUUUCCACAGCGCGGUCUCAGCAUUAUAUUAGCUUCGCCGCCAUCAGUGAGGUCGGCGAUUUUUCGGAAGGCCAUCACAACAACCGUCGAGAGMACAAGUUCCCGGAGUCCUCUCGCAGCACGGAUCCCGAAGAACCAUAUAACAAGCCACCGCCGGCACCAGACCACUACUACUUUUCCUCCUGCCCCAGCUGCCAUCACUGCUGCCACCGCGACGACUCCUCAACCCCCGCGACGGUCCCGAAUCCUUCGCUUCUUCGCAACCACCGGACUUGUCACAGUCUUCUUCGUUGCCGGUUUCGCUAUGGCAUCUGCACCCGCUGCCGAAGCUGUCAACGGCUAUCUGCACUUUCCUUCCGAUGCAGAAACACUUGAGCUGUUUGAGCCCUCUWCUCCAAGCGCCACGGAGAUCAACCACCACAUACUAAACCACCCACUGGCGAAGAAGCUGCGGUCACAGACCCACAUCACCGAGAGCAGACCGCACAUGAAAAUCCCAGAGUCCAUGCGACCCCAUAAUCUUACUAGCGGUCCACUCAUGGGCGAGAACAAGAUCGAGGUACCUCCGCUCAUGUUCGCAGACCAAGAUGCCGAGCUUCCCUCUUCCACACAGUUCUUCUACCUAGGGAAGGCGCUAUGUGGUCACCCUGGAAUAAUACAMGGCGGUCUUCUUGCUACUCUGUUGGAUGAGGGAUUGGCACGUGCUUGCUUCCCGGCAUUACCGAACAAAAUCGGCGUCACAGCAAGUCUCAAGAUUGACUACAAGCACCCAUGUCCUGGAAACAGCUAUGUGGYUUUGAAGGCAGAGACAACAAAAGUGGAAGGUCGCAAAGCAUGGGUGAAGGGCUGGAUAGAAGUUCUUGGGGAUGACGAAGAAGGAACCGGCGUGAAGGUGGUGGAAGCUGAGGCACUCUUCAUCGAGCCCAGGCAUGCUGCGCAAAUGGCCAAGCUAUACGGAGGGAAUGCUUAG